ACACCUGGAAAUAUUCUUUAAUACGGCACUUACAAAAGACAAUACAGUUGGGGGUUCGAAUUCGCUUCAGUUUUUAGUUGGCACCCAGGUCGAUUUGUCAAAAGGUUUCAAGAUGACGGCUGUGGCAAUACCAUUUUUGCUGUCCAUGCUCUUGGGGAGGACAAUUGACUUGACAACAUACCACAUCGGCGGGGAGAUUUAUGAUCACAAUGAAUAUGAUGAGACUCCUCGGCACUACCUAAACAGCACCUACACUGUUUUACAAGAGAAUGUUUUCCCUUAUUCUCACAUUGGGCUUCCAGCCGAUAUUGUUCUCAGAAUCAAGUCAGACGAUCUUCAUUCUGCCUCGGGAGCACUAGGUUUGGAUGGAUUGCUCAAAGAGACGUCAUGGAAAUCGAAUAGUGUAGUCAUAGCCGUGACUUCUGCGGUGCAGACAGUGCUCCGAGAAAUAAAGAAAGAUGCCCCACUGUUGGACAACUGGACAACCCGUACUGAUUCCAGCCAGACCCACUACGUACAUGCACAGGCCUUCGGGGGGUGGAGCAGCAUUCUCUAUCGGUUUAAGUGCAAGCAUUCAGGAUUGGAAGAAAAAGUGAGAAAACUUCUGACUUCCGCCUUGGGAGUCAGUGGUCCAAUGGACGAAAAAGCUGUUGGUUUAUGGCAAAGCGCCCUGGCAGCACUGAGACAAGACGAAGAAUUGAAGGAUAACGUCAAUGUGGAAGUACAUGUGUAUUCCAGUGUUCCACAUUCUGAAGAUAUCACCUCACCAGACUCUAUACUCAAGGCCAUCAAGAAGUUUCCUGAAGAUGUGGGUAAAUUAGGAAAGCCCCUGUACGUGGAGUUGAAACCUUUGCAUGACUUGAAUCACAAAUUCCCUAUCGUGAGACCUGAUAACAAUUUAGAAGAAUACUUUUUAAAAUUGGACGAAAUGUAUGACGACGUGAGAUCCACGAAGUUAGCUAUACGAAAAUGGAUAUUCACAAGUUACACAGAAUUUACAGAGGAAGAAGAGGAAAAAAUUUCCCAUUUGUUUGAUCACGUCAGUGGAUGUACGAAUCUUUUUCAUUCCAUAGCUAGAGAAGCAAGUAUUUACAAAUCUAUAGACAAAGUGGUCUACCAUUCAGCCCAAUACUUGUACAGGAAAGGCCUCGAAAAAGGAAUCGCAAAUUACAGACAGCAGUAUCUUCGACUGAGGGAAGACACAGAUCCUGACUGCAAAAAGGACUUCAAUGAUAAAAUAACAGGCAUUCUGGUGGUUGCCGAAAACGAACGCAUUGAAGCUGGUGAAAUGAAAGAAGGGCUCGAAGGAUGCAAGGCACUGUGCUUGAAAGAGCCGAAGUGCAGGUCUAUUCGCUACGUUGAGAAACUGCCUGUCAUAGUGGGAGAUUCUGAAGCUGAUAAAGACGUGCAGAAUUCUAAAGCUAGACUCAUUAUGAAAUGGAAGCAGUGCUGGUUAUAUUUUAGGAGUUCUCGCACCGCCAAGGUGGUUUCAGAAGGACAUUCGCAGUCCGGCAUUUAUGACCGAAAAUGUUUUGAAACGGAACUUUAUUGAAUUUAUAUUAACAAUAAAUGACCUUAUUUAGGAAAUAAUUUUGGAAAUAAAGAUAGUUUCCAUCCCA